GACAUAGGUUGGCUCCUAGGAAUCUAAGCUCUUCUCUUUAUAUAUGCACACGCCAUGCUCUUUUGUUUCUCACAGCAAAAAAGAGAGCAAAACUGCAAGGAAACAUCCAUGGCAACUAAACGUCGUGAGAAUUAUCCGAUUGUUCGGGUGACCAAGACAGUUUCCGUACUCCCAAAAUCCUUGCAUCCACAGCAAGUUCUCCGACUUUCCAAUUUGGACAGGCAGUGCCCAAUGCUCAUGUACAUGGUUUUCUUUUACAAAUCCUCUUCUGCUUACCAGAGCCUGUCGCUGGACUCAGUUUUUAGUAGCUUGAAAUCUGGGUUGGAAGAGACGCUGUCGAUUUGGUAUCCUGCUGCAGGUAGGUUGAGUUUGAAUCCGAAUGAUGGCAAGCUUGAUCUUUGGUGCAACAACAAUGGUGCAGUUCUAGUUGAGGCAGUUACAGACGCUAAGAUCAUUGACCUUGGAGAUCUUUCUCAAUACAACGAGUUCUUCGAGUGUUUGUCUUACAAACCUGUUUUUCAUGGGAACUUCUCGGAUAUGCCUUUACUUGUUGCUCAGGUGACCAGGUUCGGCUGUGGAGGCUAUUCGAUUGGUAUUGGUGCGAGCCACUCGUUGUUUGAUGGACCAGCAACCUAUGAUUUUCUCCGUGCAUGGGCUUCCAAUUCUGCUAUUUUGAAAGAAAAGAGAGGCACCGAGCUUUCCAAACCGGUGCAUCAGAGGGGGACACUGUUGGUGAGUAAUCAGGGGCGUACCAAAUUGCCUGUAAGUGGGAGCACGGCGACAAGGGCUGCAGCCAUAGAUCAUCUAUAUCAGUUGAUAAAACAGGCUAUUGCUGGUCAAAAAAAUUGUGGUUCCGAUAUGAAGUUUGGAACCGGGAACCUUCCUGAUAUGGGGAACUCAAAUCUUGUUCUCAAGACAUUCCACCUCAGUGAUGCAAUGAUAGAAAGCUUAAAAAGAAAGGUCUUUGGUGGGAGGAGGGGUAGCGCUUCAUGUUCAUCCUUUGAACUGCUUGCAGCUCACUUAUGGAAGGCAAGGACAAAUGCUUUAGGAGUAAGAAAGGGAGCGAUGGUUUGCUUGCAAUUUGCUGUGGACAUAAGGAACAAGAUGGUGCCGCCACUGCCAAAAGGUUUCAGUGGUAACGCCUAUGUAUUAGCAUCCGUUGCCUUGACGGCUGAAGAACUGGAGGAAGCAAGCCAUGAAGCCAUUGUGGGGAAGAUAAAGGAAGCCAAGAAUUCGAUCAGCAACGACUACGUGAAUGCGUAUAACCAGGCAUUAGAUGGACCUCAAAGCACUCUCCCUCCAAUGAAUGAGCUAACCCUUGUCUCUGAUUGGACAAGGAUGCCAUUCCACAGGAUUGAUUUUUUACAUGGAGAAGCAGCCUAUGCAUCUCCUUUGGCCUCUCCAAUCCCUCAAGUCGCAUAUUUCAUGCAGAAUCCCACUGAUUCGAGAGGCAUUGAUGUGAGGAUUGGUUUAAUUCCUCAAACCCUGAAUGCUUUCUCUCAUUACUUCCUCACCAAUUUGCAAUAAGUUCCCACACCCUCUAGCUUUAAUUUCAUCUAUAAUUUUUCUUUGUUAAAAGCUGGAAUUGGGUAAAGGGUGGUAACAUAGGAUUACCACUACAUUAGGGAAUGAUAUUUCAAAUACUAUGGGUCAGAAUUUCUUAUACUA